GCUAUAAGCCCACAUAAAUCUCAGGGAGCAGAAGGAGACCCCGGACAUGGCUGCAAAACCAUCGACUUUGACCUACCUCCUUAUUCAACAGCAUCUUCUCCGACAUGCCAAACCAAAGUCUCCAGUUUGUCAGUUCCGCAGAUCCUUUUCACUAUUAAUCCAUAAACCCAAUCAGGACCGUCCCUUCCCUUCAUUCUUCUCGCCGACAUCCUCUUCUUUACCUCUCCAGUCGCCUCAUAUCUCACUCUCUUCUCUCCUCGUACCUAAAUACUUGUCUUCUGCUUGCGAACCAGAACAAGAUAAAGACAACGUGUCCUUACUACCCUCUCAUAGCGUAAAAAACGAUGAAGAAGAGGAGGAUGGGUCGGACCGUACACUGGUUUCCACGAGAGAAAUUAGAAGAAGCUCUGAAGAAGUGAUUGCUGAGAGCUCACCAAUGAAGUUGUCGGCGAAGGAGAAGAAAAAGCUCGCUUCUUACGCGCACAGCCUUGGAGACAAGCUGAAAUGUCAACUCGUGGGCAAGUCAGGGGUCACGGAUUCAGUCGUCUUCUCCGUCCUAGAGACGCUGGAGAAGAACGAGCUCUUAAAGGUGAAAAUACACAGGACAUGCCCUGGAACGCUAGAGGACAUGAUUCUGCAUUUGGAGGAAGCUACUGGUUCUGUAGUAGUCGGGAAAAUUGGACGGACUGUAAUACUUUAUCGUCCUAGUCCCACCAAAUUGAGGAGCUAGAAGCCUAGAAGUACACUGUCCCGCUAUAGAAGACGUGCAAGGGCUAAGAGAAAACCGAGCCUGAAAUAAAUUCAUGUUAUAUUUAAGAAGAGCAAAGUAUGUCUGUUAUACGGUUUGGGUUAUAUGGCUGUAGCAACCCAUUGGAAUCCCACUCAAGCCAAAUCAUCCAUUGCUCAGAAGCUUUUUAGUCAAUUGAAAACAAUGAAAAGAGGAGAGGGAGUUACAGAAAUCUAUUGUGGAAUUCAGGAGAAUGAUGUAGAUUGAGUGAGUGAGUAGUGAGUACCAUAAGUACAAGCCCAGCAAGGCAAGGGAAAAGCAUCCACUCACUGACAAGCUGGUUUAUCUGAGAUUUCUUCCAGCCUUCAUUUAUCAACAACAACAACAGUUUUAGUUUAAUCUUUUAACAAAAAAAAAACAACAGUUUUAGUUCUUGUGAAUUAGAUUUGCUGGUAAUAAGAUCUUUACAAGGAAAAACUGAGACAGAAAAAUAAAAACUUACCAGUGAGGUGCCGAAACCCUUUAGACCAUGAUUAUCCGGGUUUCUUAAGAGAGUUUUUAAAGUUAAUGAAGCAUUUAAUUAAAUCAAAAUGAAAUAAAAUAUCUGUUACCGAUCCUUAAUAUAGGAUUGUGGAGACCGAUUAUUAAGAGGGUUUUUAACACACGUGUCAGCUUAUCAUUAAAAGUGCAUUUAUUUAUUUUUUUUCUUUUUUUUUUCUUUUUGUCGUCUCUCUCUUCUCUUGUGGUCUCUGCCGGACGAUGAUGGCAAUAGCUCGGCCAAUACCAGCAGCAGGUCUUCGAUUCGAUCCAACCUCCAGGUGGGUUUAGUUUGAGGAAGAGGAAUCAAUUGAGAGGUUUUGGAAAAGGAAUCAAGUGUUCACUGAAAGUUCAGCAGCAACAGCCUCCUCCACCAUCAAAGUCUUCUCUCUUCGAUUUUUGGAAUGUCGUUGUGGGAUCACAAAACUAUAUCAUGGAUGCAUUGGUGGGCCUAAUCGUAUCACUGAAAUAUCCAUACCUGGACAAGAAGAAGAAGGAGAAGGUCUAACACUCGUGUUCCUUGGCGAUCAAGGCGUUGGUAAAACAAGCAUCAUCACUUCGUGUACGGUAACUUCAACAACAGUUAUCAGGUUCCUAAUCUCUCCAUCUACAUUGAUCGAUUAAAACACGACACACAUGAUAUUGAUACAUACGUAACUGUUGGGUCAAUAUAGUUAGGUGGUUUGACCUUCCAGAUUAUUUUUUAUAUAAUGAUUGAUCGUCUACUUCUUCCAAGUGUUCUAUGGUUUUGUGGUGUUUGUUUGUAUGUCAAGCAUUUACUUGAAUGGUUAAAAAAAGUUAAUUUUUUUUUAAGAAA